CGUCGUAUCAUACUUCACGUCACACUCUCUCGAUUGCUCGACACUCCCCACCCAUUGUCUCCGCUGGUCAUGGAGCUUCCCGUGGCGAUCUCACCCGCGUGUCACCCGCCCCCGCUGUCACCUCUAGCGCUGGGCGGCGGCAGCGAGAGUCACGGCCUCGAUGGUUGGGACGCGGAAGACUUCGACUUCGAAGAGCUUUUCCGAGAUGCGGAGGAGAUGGGGGCCGGAACGGCCAGCAGCGACGGCAACCCGGCCGCCGCCGCCGCUCCCACCGGUUCGCCCGUCAACACGAGUGACAUCGACCUCAGCCUCAAGGCGGAGUGGCUUGAGAGGGACGCUCUCUCUCCCGCAAUGCCGACUCCGAUCACUGCUGCUGUUGAACCAACAAGCGGCGGCACCCGCUCGCCCACGGCGGACGUGACCGGCCACAUCGUGAGCGAGGGCGACAUCAGUGCCGGUGCCGCGAUGGCCACGCGUACCGCUACCACCUCCACCUGGUCCACCACAAGCGUGUCCGAAGAAAGCGACGAUGGCGGCAGCAGCUGCAUCAUGGGAGGCGGUGUUUCCCCCGCGCGUUCCAACGACAGCAGUGUUGGCAGCGUUCAAGCACCCAGGAGCACCGUUAGCGAAGCUAGCACCGCCGCCGCCGCCGCCGCCGCCGCCGCCGCCAGCAACAACAGUAAGCGUCUGCUGGCCGUGAGCUCGGGCGCGGGUACGCCGAUCCUUCCUCUUGCCUUCGCCCCCGGAUUCAGCGGAGCGAGCAGCUCUAGCGCCGCCGCCGCCGCCGCCCUAUCCGCCUUCCCCGCUCUCAACUUCAGCGGCUUCCAAGCGGCAGCCGGGCAGGCGUUGAAGCGGCUGCGAGGAGGGGAUGCGCCAGCGGGUGCCGCUUUGGGGCAACCUUGUGCUGGAGGAGGGGCGGCGGCUGCUACGCCGCCGCGGCUGCUGUCGGGCGGCGAGGGCGGGGCGGGUCGGAUCACGAAGAGGGCCAAGCGAGAGGAGAGGCUUAUGAAGAACAGGGAGGCGGCCAACAGAUCGAGAGUGAAGCGCAAAGAGGUGCUGAGCGAGCUCGAGAACCGCGCGGACACCCUCUCGAAGAGCCUGGCGGCGUCCCGCGACGAGACCGCCUCCCUCAAGCAAGAGAUCGCCUCCCUCCGCGAGCAGAACUCCUUCCUGCGGGGCAUGCUCUCCGCCCAUGGCAGUGCCAUCGACCUCCCUCCCAUCGCGCCCAGUAAUGCUUCGUCGGACAGCCUCUGGCCACACCGUCACGGCCGCGGGCGCGGCGCCAGCGCCGCUGCCGCCGGCGCUAGCGCUAUCAUCGGGGCCGUCAGUACCGGCCUGGCGUUGAUCAGCUGUGUCGCUCUCUCCGCGGCCGGGUUCGGGGGCGGCAGCGGCGGGGGCGGGGGCGAGCCGCGCGCGGGCUACAGCGGUGGGUUUGGCGGCGGCGGCGGCGGCCGGGGUGUCGGAGAAAGGGGUUACGCCAGCCGUAGCGGGUUCGGCAGCAAGGGCAUGGGCGGAAGAAGGACGCUCUUGUCUGUUGACGAAGGCGACCCUUUUGACGCUUAUCCAUCCGGCGGAGAGACUUCUUCUCAGUUCGGGUUCGGCGGUAGCGUCGGGGGAUAUAUGGUGGUCGGCUUGGUGGUAGUCGCGCUCUUGUUCUUCGUUGCCCGCUGGACAUGCCGCAAGGCGGCCUCGCACCGCCGUGUCACCGGUCGUGGAAGGCGCGGCGGCGGCGGCGGCGGCGCGUCGAUGAUGGGGAGCAGGGCUAGCGGCGGCGGCGGGUUUGAUCACCUUGGGGGCGUUUGGCUCAUGGACAGGCUGUUUGGUAGCGAUAAGGCUGUCGGCAAGCUCAUGUAGCAGAGUUUGUCUCGUGCGCAAGUUGAGGGUCUUGAUUGCCGAACGGCAGAGUUUCAGUUUGUUUUUGUCGGUACCUGGACCUCAGCAUGACUUCUUUUUUCCCAAGCCGGGUCCCUGUUGGGGUAUGAUUGUUCAACCGCAGAAGGAAAGAGGAGAAAUAGAAAACCCUUCUGUGGCAAAGCAUGUACCUUACAUACAAACGGGCGUCCUGAGUGAUUGUGGUAAGAGCACAAGAGAGCAAGCAUACCGAUGCGUUCCAGUCCGUGUACCUGUUGGCGCUGACCUUUUGCGCCAUGUUAUGUUCGAUCUGGUUUGCCGUUCUUCCUCUUUGCUUGUUUUUGUCAGUCGAUACUCUUAAGUAUCAAAAUAGUGAAGUGAUUUUGUUCUUUUCUUCGUCGUGCAGCAUCUUUUAAGGUCGCGUGUGUUUAUAACACCGUUCCUAGUGCGGUAGAGUCGUGCUUCUUGUGUACCAUAGUAAAGCAUUGCCUCCGGCAAGAGGAGCCGGAGGUUACCGACGGUCGUCAGCGAGAAUUUGUUGUUGUACCUAAACAUGUUAUUUCUUUUUUUCUUUUUGUCGGGUGUUAAAUACAGAAGACUUUGUUUUUAGGGUCUGCUUCCCGCCCUCCUGCCGGAUUGAGGAUGCGUGCUGCUAGGUCUGUCAGAGGGAUUUGGAAAGCCAAGCACAUAUUGUGCAUGAGAUGUAUAUUCAAUAAAGGAUGUUUGACCGAAGUGCUUGCUAAUGCAUGUGGCUCAGGCAGGUCCCCCUUGCCUAUCGUAGUGCAAAUUCGCACACAUGCGCGAGUGGUACGCCGUGAUUUGUGCGCGUCGAGAUUCCCCUGCACGUUCUCCACAUGCGUUUGCCGUUCACGGUGUUGAAUGGUUGUUACACUUACACUUGCGUCCAGCUUGCGGGCGUGCGCCUCAAGGUAGACAUGGAAACAAAAACAGUUAAGAGAGUCAUCGGCGUCACUCUGCACGUGGGAGCUGGUUUUGAUGGCCUUGUAUUUUUCUGUUUUUUCGAGGUGGCCUGUACAGUUCCCUGGUGAGACAGUUCAACUACAACUCUCGUUCUA